GGGACCUAGGGAGCACAUUACGUCGGGCGCGCGGGGUACGGCUGCAUCUCCGGACUGGGCGCUUCCUGUGGGUGUUCGCUGUCGAGAAUCUCUCCACCGGGUUGUAGAGUUCGGACCUCAUGGCAGAGAUAAUUCAGGAACGCAUAGAAGAUCGGCUCCCGGAAUUGGAACAGCUGGAGCGCAUUGGACUGUUCAGUCAUGCGGAGAUUAAGGCUAUCAUUAAGAAGGCUUCCGAUCUAGAGUACAGAAUCCAGCGAAGAACCCUUUUCAAGGAAGACUUUAUCAAUUAUGUUCAAUAUGAAAUAAAUCUUUUGGAGCUGAUCCAGAGAAGAAGAACACGCAUUGGAUAUUCAUUUAAGAAGGAUGAGAUUGAGAAUUCUAUUGUACACCGGGUACAAGGUGUUUUCCGACGUGCCUCAGCAAAAUGGAAAGAUUUUACAGUUGGUAAAGUUAGGCUACAUAUUACUUAGAGAGUAAGAUCAAUGAUUUCUCUGUGCUGGAAGUAGAAAUAUUUUCCUUUUUUCCAGGCUGCUAAAACUCAACUUAGCAAGGUAUUCUCUGCCAUGUUGGCCAUUCAUUCCAACAAGCCAGCUUUGUGGAUUAUGGCAGCCAAAUGGGAAAUGGAAGAUCGAUUGUCUUCAGAAAGUGCAAGGCAACUAUUUCUUCGGGCACUGCGCUUUCAUCCAGAGUGCCCAAAACUUUAUCAAGAAUACUUUAGGAUGGAACUGAUGCAUGCUGAAAAACUGAGGAAGGAAAAGGAAGAAUUUGAAAAAGCCAGCAUGGACAUGGAGAAUCCUGAUUAUUCUGAAGAAAUCCUCAAGGGCGAGUUGGCACGGAUCAUCUACAAAAAUUCUGUAAGCAUAAUUAAAGGUAGCCUUCAGGAUCUACACACUGAUGAUCCUUUCACUUGGGAUUAUGUGGCAAGGCGAGAAUUAGAGAUUGAGUCACAGACAGAAGAGCAGCCUACGACGAAACAAGCCAAAGCAGUAGAGGUUGGCCGGAAGGAGGAGAGGUGCUGUGCUGUAUAUGAAGAGGCAGUGAAGACUCUGCCAACAGAGGCCAUGUGGAAGUGUUACAUCACCUUUUGCUUAGAACGAUUUACUAAGAAGACAAAUAGUGGAUUCCUCAGAGGGAAGAGGCUGGAAAGAACCGUGACUGCAUUCAGGAAGGCACAUGAACUCAAGCUUCUGCCAGAAUUCCAAUACGAGCAGUUGAUUAAGUCCUUGCUGAGUCAUAACUUCCUGAAAGAAGCUCUGGAGGUGGCAGUAGCUGGAACUGAAUUGUUUAGAGACUCUGGGGCAAUGUGGCAGAUGAAGCUGCAGGUGCUAAUUGACUCAAAGAGCCCUGACAUAGCCAUGCAAUUUGAAGAAUCCUUUGUGCACCUGAAACCCCAGGUUUGUCUGUCAUUGUGGAUUUCUUGGGCGGAGUGGAGUGAAGGUGCCAAAAGCCAAGAAGACACUGAGGCAGUCUUUAAGAAAGCUCUGUUAGCUGUCAUUGGUGCCGACUCAGUAACCCUGAAGGAUAAGUACCUGGAUUGGGCUUAUCGAAAUGGUGGCUACAAAAAGGCCAGAGCUGUGUUUAAAAGUUUACAGGAGAGUCGUCCAUUUUCAGUUGACUUUUUCAGGAAAAUGAUUCAGUUUGAAAAGGAGCAAGAAUCCUGCAAUAUGGCAAACAUAAGAGAAUAUUAUGAGAGAGCUUUGAGAGAGUUUGGAUCUGCAGAUUCUGAUCUUUGGAUGGAUUAUAUCAAAGAAGAAUUGAACCACCCCCUUGGUAGACCUGAGAACUGUGGACAGAUCUACUGGCGAGCGAUGAAAAUGUUGCAGGGAGAGUCAGCAGAGGCAUUUGUAGCUAAACAUGCUAUGCAUCAGACUGGCCAUUUGUGAAGAGGAAGAAUACAACCAGCUUUGUGAAAUAGUAUUGCAAGCAAGCCCUGUGGGCAAAUUUGUAUUAUGAGUCCAUCUGUAAUUUGCUCAGUGAUGGCAGACAAGAUGGCUGUCUGGUUUCGAGAUACACUUUAAUUUUAUGUUAGCUUGUUAGUCUUUUUUAAAAAUUAAAAAAAAAAAAAUUGUGAUUGAGA